AGAUGAGCUGAUAAUUCACGUCUCUCGAUGCUAAAAAAAUUCGUUUCUUACGUAUUUUAACGUACUAAUAUUCUCAAGCCCUAAAAUAUCGAUCUGCAAAUCUCUACCGAUUCCACCAAGAACUCAGUAGGAAACUCAUCACGCCUCAAGAUUUUCUUAUAUGUACCGAAAUCGUCAUUGUAAGCAUCAAUUUUGUGGAAAAAGUAGUGACUUCGAUCUUUCUGAAGGCAUCAUUUGAUAAUUACUGUCUGAGAAGUUGUCUUGUAAUUGAGGAAUCUCUCUAUGAUUGUUGUGGAAUUAGGAUUUUAUUGUUAUUUUUCUGGAUGCGUCAUCAUUUUGUAUAAAUGCUUGUUAGACGGGAUCUAGGGUUUCCCUCCCUGGUGUUCCUGGUUGUGGUUGUGGUUGUGCCAGUGAUCGUGCUCAUUAUCCGUCGAAAAUUGCGGCAUUCGGUAGCGAGAAGUGAGGAGAUUAAGAGGCUUGUGGUAUCGGCUUCAGAGGAGUUAGCUAGGGCUGAGUUUGAAGCCCGAGAAUCGUACUAUUACACUGCGAACGCUACGCCCUCGGCUGGGGUUUCGGGUUUUGACUCCCGCUUCGGUUCCGACUUACGUGUCGAUUCCAUUGGGUUCUCCGUUGAAACCGCAAUACCAAUGUGCUGUUUGCUUUUGUCCCACCACCACGCGUUGUGCCAAGUGCAAAGCUGUUCGUUACUGCUCUGGGAAAUGCAAGUGGAUCAUGAAGAUCAAAGUGACACUUUUGAUACUGAAGCUCAGCAAACUUUUACAUCGUCUGUGACUGGGAGAUUCCCAGAAAAUUCUGAUAACAAGGAUGAUGAUGAAUCCCUUGCUCAUCAGCAGGGUAGAAAUUCCACCUCUACCACCCCUACUAAAUUUUCUGCAGGUGUUACUGUUGACAACUUAGUGAAAUCAUUGCACCAGACAUUGGGUAGCCCUACCAGAGCCAGAAAGUCAACUGGUUUAGGGAAGACAAUCUCAAAAGAUCCAAUCCAAGUGAUGAAGAUGCUCAGUCAAGUUCAUCUUGUUGGACAAACAGCGACUGGCAGUUACACUGCUAAUCAGAAUAGCAAUAUCAUCAAUGGAUGUAUUGCUGAUAAAGUCAUAAUAGAUGGUUUGGGAAAUAACAAGUUCAAUGAUAGCAGUGAUUCGUCAAAGGAUGAUACUUCCAAGUUCAGGGAAUCUAAAAAUUCUCCUUCUCAUCGUGCUUCAGUGCUUAAAGAUGAUAGCUUAUCUUCUUCAAAUGAUAUUUCCAGUAACAAGAGUAGGAUUUCCCACACAUCCAAAUCUAGGGAAAUAAGUUCAUCACCAAAAGCUCCGGACACCAGUAGUAGACAUGCAUCUCAUACUACAAAGCCUGUGAAGGUGGAUGAUGACAAUCAUAGGGCCACUGUUUCUUCACCCAAACUCACGGAAAGUUCUCGUAUUAGAAGUGGAUCCAAGACAUCAAAAUCAAAAGCUGUUGACCAGGUCAAGCCCUCUAAGUCAUUAGAGGGAGUAAGUGACAGAUACGCUUUCAAGGGUCUCUUCCCAUACCAAAUGUUUGUCAAGCUGUACGCUUCAAAAAAGAUUGAAUUGCAGCCUUGUGGCCUAAAAAAUUGCGGAAACAGCUGUUAUGCUAAUGCGGUGCUCCAGUGCCUGAUAUACACUCCACCUCUGUCUGCUUAUUUUCUGGAAGGGCUUCAUUCCAAAGCAUGUGAUAAGAGAGGAUGGUGCUUCACAUGUGAGGUUGAAGGCCUUGUUAUGAAGGCAAAAGAUGGGAACUCUCCGUUGUCUCCUAUUCGCAUACUUACCCAUAUUGAAAACAUCGGAAGCAAUCUUGGGCAUGGGAAAGAAGAAGAUGCACAUGAAUUUCUAAGGUAUGUUAUCGAUGCUUUGCAAGCAGUUUGCAUCAAGGAAGCUGCAGGAGCGAAUGCCUUGAACUGUUUGGAAGAAGAAACAAGUCUGAUUGGGCUUACCUUUGGGGGUUAUCUACGGUCUAAGAUCAUUUGCAUCAAAUGUGGAGGCAAAUCGGAGAUGCAUGAAAGGAUGAUGGAUCUGACAGUUGAAAUAGAAGGCGAUAUAGGAACUUUGGAAGAGGCUUUGGAUAAAUUUACAUGUACCGAGAUUCUGGAUGGUGAAAACAAGUACAAAUGCAGCAGGUGCAAAUCCUAUGAGAAAGCCAGAAAGAAACUGACGUUAUUGGAGGCUCCUAAUGUGCUUACUAUUGCAUUGAAGAGAUUUCAGUGUGGUAAAUUUGGGAAGCUGAACAAAUCGGUUGAGUUCCCAGAGAUUUUAGACAUGGCUCCGUAUGUUAGUGGGACAAGUGAUAAGUCGCCAGUUUACAGGCUUUAUGGGGUGGUGGUUCAUGUAGAUACAAUGAAUGAUGCCUUUUCUGGUCAUUAUGUUUGCUAUGUUAAGAAUCAUCACAACCGAUGGUUCAAAUUUAACGACACCAUGGUGAACGAGGUGGAUCUUCAACAUGUAUUGACAAAAGGCGCAUACAUGCUCUUUUAUGCAAGAUGCUCCCCACGGGCCCCACGAUCAAUACGCAGCUCAAUAAUCCAGCAUCAAGAUCCACGGAAACACAAAACAUUCGUUCACUCCACUGAACCUUGGGAGGCUUGCAUUUACCAGCCGGCUUCUCAGUCUGGCCACCGGCACCGGAGUCUGGAGGAGGAAUCUUCCUCCUCCAGUGACAACUCGGGGUUCUUCUCGGAGUCAUGUUCUUGCAGCACAGAUAGCAGCACCCAAAGGGACUCCAGUGAUCACAUUCCGGGUGACUGGGAACAUGAUUACUGGAACAACAGCAGCACCAACAUCAACACCAACACCAACACCAACACCAACAUGAAUGUGACCUCGUCGGAUUCUGACACCUCAUCGACGUCCUCCUUCCCGUCCCCGUUGUACUCCAGGCUUUCUCACUUGUACACUUCAAGGACAAACGAGGAUGAAUGUAGAAAGUUAGAUUGUAGUUGUAAUAGUUGUAGUAGGGUUAGGGUAACUAACUUGAACCUGGAUAGAUUAGGGUCCAAACCAGGUGCAAGUGUAACCUUUAGAAGAUCGGCAACCAGGGGAAUAUUGGAGUAAAAAAAAAACCUUUUUAAAAAAAAAAGAGGUUUUUGAGUAGAGAGGGAAUAAGUGUAUCUGUUGUUAUCUGUAUCUCUCUGUAUGUAUGGUAAUGGUAAUGGUAGUA